AUGGGGGCUGCGAGCGCUUCGCAGCAUCACGCUGGUCGUGGAGACCCGGUGGAGCAUCGAAUGAAGAGGCUAUUUCCGGGGAGCAAGUGGCUGGCUGCCGCCGCGGCCGCUGCUCUUGCCUGCCAAGGCCCAUCUUGGAUUUCCAGUUCCAGCUCUUCAGCCAGCGUGAGCUCCCUGCAAACUCCGUCGCAAUGGCCGAGAGCGAGGAGCAAGGUUCUUCGACAUGGCGUCGUCAAGGUUGAUGUGGAGCUUCCUCACAUGCAGCUUCCGAAGGACUCGACAUUCGAGGACGACCUCAAGCUUGAGCGGACCAACAGGUCACCGGGUCCGAUUCCUCCGGAGCUGCAGAGGAUUCAUCGAUCCGCUGUGCACAAGAUUCUUCAAGGAUUGAGGCUGAGCCUUCGCCGGCUCACCGCGAUUUUGCCCACAGGGCUAGGAGACGGUGCAGUCGGAGCGCAGGUGGUCAAGGAGCACUGGUCCAAGGUGACUAUGCGCCCUUUUCGUGUACUUGUGCUGGUGCCAUCGGACAUGGUGCAAGAAACCGAAGCGAGGUACAAGGCUAUAGCAGGAGACGGUCUCUUCGUGAUGCGUAUAGAACCUGGUGGAGACGGAACCGACAAGCUCGUGCAGGCCAUGUCCCAGUGUUCCGGAUUGGUGAUGGUAGGCGGUUACUCCGAUGUCAUGCACUUCGUGAGGGCUCAUCGCCGAAGCCGCGCGCAGCUACUGAACUUGCUCGUGUGCGAGAUGGCACAUGCUGCGCUGGGUGCCGACAAGGAUGCCGAGAAAGUGGUCAUGAAUUGGGAGAAUGCAUUUCGAGUGAAGGUGCUCCAGUCCGUCUUCAUUUCGGGCCAGUCUCUAGAGCCUGAACCAAUCAGGGGACUCGAGGAAGCAACGAUGGAUGUGCCCGGAGUGCCGACCUACAAGGUGGUUGCCCGCCCUGGCGGACCUGGUGGACCAGAAGUCUUCCGCGUGUCGACAGAACAGGCAAAGAGGCUGGGACUUACCGUUCCCCUGAAGCUGGUGGCGCUGCCAGCGUCGGGAGAUGGUCUGGUGCAGGGCUUGGCGGAGCUCAGUGCAUGGGGCAUCCGCGAAGUCGAGGCAAUUCCGGCAGCUGCUGGUGGCGGAUCGGCCAAAGCCGUGGAGUACCUGAAUGGCGAGGUGCAAAAGCGGGUUGGCGAUGCUGUCAAGGUGCAAGCGCGGACUGGAGAGGACACCCCGGAUGCCCUUCUUGUUGCCGGGAAUGAGCUUGACCCAUCCUAUUUGCUGCAGGCUCGCUGGUUUGCGGGGCAUAAUGAAGCUGCAGCUCGCUACAGCUGGCAGCAGAGACAGCAGCUGCGUAGUUCAUGCCAUUUGAUCUGGGCCGGCUAG